AUGCUCAAGAAUACACAUCUCCUCGAGAAUGAGAUUGCUGAGAUGGAUCACGUCUUGUAUCAAGCCGGCCUCAGCUUAGGUCUCAGCCCUUCGUUUAUCGAUCGGCUCGGGCUGAGUCACUGCAAAAAAGAUGACGGCGUUCCCAAAAUCGGUGACACCAUCACUGAUGAGUUUAUACUUCCCACACGUCCACAAACCAGGCUGGCGGUAGCUCUACAACUAGACAAAGCACUCGCAGCCUUCAACAUCAUGAUCACGGAAACUUUGUCCCUCCUCGACGAGGAAAAUAAAUUCAGCUUAAGAGAUGACCCCAGCUUGCACGAGGUUCACAAAACUCGACUCCUCAGAGUGGAUCUCGGGACACGGGUGCGGACAGAUCCCUUCCAGCGCUGGCUUCAGAAGUAUCUCCGAGCUUUUUAG